GUUAAGCGCCGUCGUUUAAAUCAGGACAGACGUACGAGGACAUUUCAUAUGUCAUCUACUCAACUGGCAUCUCAUUUACACGCCGCUUAUCCCCCGGUAAAACCCUUUCUUCCGUUUCGUUUUCCCUAGCUUCUCCUCAACACUUUGCUUCAAGGAGAUAAGGCUUGGGUCAUUUUGAUUAGAAAUGGUUGAAGAAACUAAGACAGCAGCUUUUGUCCCUGAAUCUGUGUUAAAGAAACAGAAGAGAAAUGAGGAAUGGGCUUUGUUGAAGAACCAAGAACUGAAGAUAAAGAAGGAAAAAAAUGCUGAAAAUAGAAAGAUAAUCUUCAAGAGGGCUGAGCAAUAUGGCAAAGAAUACAAAGAAAAAGAAAGAGAGUUGAUAAGAUUGAAAAGAGAGGCCAAACUGAAAGGAGGUUUUUAUGUUGAACCAGAGGCCAAACUACUUUUCAUCAUUCGUAUCCGUGGCAUCAAUGCAAUGGAUCCAAAGACGAGAAAAAUUUUGCAGCUUCUGCGUCUGAGGCAGAUUUUUAAUGGUGUGUUUCUCAAAGUGAACAAGGCAACCAUGAACAUGCUGCAUAGGGUUGAGCCAUAUGUGACUUACGGAUAUCCUAAUCUCAAAAGUGUGCGGGAGUUGAUCUAUAAGAGGGGUUAUGGAAAGCUGAACAAGCAAAGGAUUGCUCUCACUGAUAAUUCCAUCAUUGAACAGGCCUUGGGAAAUUUUGGAAUUAUUUGCAUGGAAGAUUUGAUUCAUGAGAUCAUGACUGUGGGAUCUCAUUUCAAAGAGGCAAAUAAUUUUCUCUGGCCAUUUAAGCUGAGUGCUCCAUCUGGAGGUUUGAAGAAGAAAAGAAACCAUUAUGUGGAGGGUGGUGAUGCUGGAAAUCGCGAGGAUUACAUUAAUGAGCUCAUUAGGAGGAUGAAUUAGAUCCUAUUAUCUUUGCUUCAGUUAUUUUGGUUCUUGGUGUUGAGAAAAGUUAAGACUUAAUAGUUUUGCUUUUAAGUAUUGAGGGUACUGCAUAACAAAAAAAAUUUUAUUUUCUUUGCCUUACUUGAGUUGUUGAAGUUGACAAUUUUUGAUGUACUAUUCAAUUAGUUUA